CCUGUAGAGUCUUCUCCAGAGGAGCAGACAGCCUCUUGUGAAGGUUCAAAUGCUGCUGUUAAUAUGGAAAUUUCAGAAUCUGUUGUGGAAAAUGGAGAGACAGAAAUGUCCCCAGAAGAGUCAUGGGACCACAAAGAAGAAGCAAGUGAAACAGAGCUAGGAGGUGGUCCUGCAGGGCCUUCUGAAGAAAGCGCUCAGGAAAUGAUGGAAGAGGAGGAGGAAAUACCAAAACCGAAAUCUGUUGUAGCACCACCAGGUGCUCCUAAAAAAGAGCACGUAAAUGUAGUAUUCAUUGGGCACGUAGAUGCUGGCAAGUCAACUAUUGGAGGACAAAUAAUGUAUUUGACAGGAAUGGUUGACAAAAGAACACUUGAAAAAUACGAAAGAGAAGCUAAAGAAAAAAACAGAGAAACAUGGUACCUUUCAUGGGCCUUAGACACAAACCAAGAAGAACGAGACAAAGGUAAAACAGUAGAAGUGGGUCGAGCCUAUUUUGAAACUGAGAAGAAACACUUCACUAUUCUAGAUGCUCCUGGACAUAAGAGCUUUGUUCCAAAUAUGAUUGGUGGGGCUUCUCAGGCUGAUCUUGCUGUGCUGGUUAUUUCUGCAAGGAAAGGAGAGUUUGAAACUGGAUUUGAGAAAGGUGGACAAACAAGAGAACAUGCCAUGUUAGCAAAAACAGCAGGUGUAAAACAUUUAAUAGUUCUUAUUAAUAAAAUGGAUGAUCCAACUGUAAACUGGAGUAAUGAAAGAUACGAGGAAUGUAAAGAGAAACUGGUGCCGUUUUUGAAGAAAGUUGGCUUCAAUCCCAAAAAAGAUAUUCAUUUCAUGCCCUGCUCAGGACUGACUGGAGCAAACCUUAAAGAACAGUCAGAAUUCUGUCCUUGGUAUAUUGGGUUACCAUUUAUUCCAUAUCUGGAUAAUUUGCCAAACUUCAACCGUUCAGUUGAUGGACCAAUCAGGCUGCCAAUUGUGGAUAAAUAUAAGGAUAUGGGCACUGUGGUCCUUGGGAAGCUGGAGUCGGGCUCUAUUUGCAAAGGACAACAGCUUGUGAUGAUGCCAAACAAGCACAAUGUGGAAGUUCUUGGAAUCCUUUCUGAUGAUGUAGAAACUGACUCAGUAGCCCCAGGUGAAAAUCUAAAGAUCAGACUGAAAGGAAUUGAAGAGGAAGAGAUCCUUCCAGGAUUUAUUCUUUGUGAUCCCAACAACCUGUGUCAUUCUGGACGCACAUUUGAUGCCCAGAUAGUGAUAAUUGAGCACAAAUCCAUUAUCUGCCCAGGUUAUAAUGCUGUGCUGCACAUCCAUACCUGUAUUGAAGAAGUUGAGAUAACAGCCUUAAUCUGCUUGGUAGACAAAAAAACAGGAGAAAAAAGUAAGACACGGCCCCGUUUUGUGAAACAAGAUCAAGUAUGCAUUGCCCGUUUAAGGACAGCAGGAACUAUCUGCCUUGAGACAUUCAAAGAUUUCCCCCAGAUGGGUCGCUUUACCUUAAGAGAUGAGGGCAAGACCAUUGCAAUUGGAAAAGUUCUGAAACUGGUUCCAGAGAAGGACUAAGCAUUUUUCUCAAUGACCCCCGCACAAUACUGUGAGGAAAAUCGACUCUGCAAAAGCCUACUUCACACCGCCUUCUUAUUUUCUGCCCAUUGAUAAACUUCUCCCCAUAUUUUGCAAAGACAAAUUUCACAGCAAAGGUCCACAUUAUGUCAGCUUUCUCAUAUUGAGAGCUCUGCUAUGCCACUGUUGAAUUUUCCCAAAAAGCAUUUUUUUUUCUCCCAAAUUCUGCUUCCUUGGAAAGAUUCGGCAAUAGCUUUGUAAGUGAUGUGGACAUAAUUGCCUAUAAUUCUGAAAAUCUAAAGGAUUUUUAAUGUUGAAUUUCCCCCAGCAUAUAUAUUAAGACCUCUUUUUUCCAGGCAGAUCAUUCAGAGUGUGCGAGUGUGUGUGCACAUGUUACAAAGAUGACUACCAUGUAAUAAACUAUUCAAUUUGAAAUCU